UCUUCCGUGGAUGGAAUUUAGCGGCGCGCCAUGCAUCUCCAAGUGAAGCGUGCGAGUGGAACCUGCCGUGAUCAUUAUCUCAGUAUUACAAGCUCUGGACAAAGGAUCAUCCGCCGCCUGGAACUGGGAAAGCUAUGGAACUUUCCCAAACCCAGCGCUGGGAACCUGAAAUUGGAGGUUCUGCGUGUGGCGGGCAGUGUGCAGGUGGUGUCCCCCCCGGGGCAGCGGCAGUUUUCUGUGGCACUUCCGCAGCAAGGGAUUGAUUUGGAGGUGGAGAUCCUGCAGCAGCCCGGCCAUCCCGAAACUCCGGGUGGAUAUCCAACAUCUGACAGCCAAGAGGAGAAUGGUGCCUACUUGGCAAAACAUUCCAUCGCCGAAUACUUGAAAGUUCUCGUGACCUCGCUUUUGGUGGAGAAGCCCCCGGAUCCGUUUCAGUGGAUGCGUGAGCAGUUGGAAGGUAAAAUUGUGGCCUCAGAAACACUUCCAAUCGCCACUGUCAGACGCCCUCCUUCCUUCAAGGGUGGUGCUUGCGUAAUCACUGGCCCCAGUGGAGUCGGCAAGUCCACAUUGAUCAAGAAGCUUAUGGCGGAAUUUCCAGAUGACUUUGGUUUUUCUGUUUCACACACCACCAGGGAUCCUCGUCCUGGAGCGCAAGAUGGGGUUGACUAUCACUUUGUGUCUCGUGAACGGAUGCAGAGCGACAUUGAUGCUGGGUUUUUUGUGGAACAUGCGGAAGUCCACGGAAACCUCUAUGGAACCUCUAUUGCAGCAGUGCAGGAAGUCACAAAGAAAGGCAGAGUGUGUCUGCUGGACAUUGACGUCCAAGGUGCAGAAUCAGUGAAAAAGUCCACAUUGUCAAAGACCUGUUCCUUUGUGUUCUUUGCCCCACCCACUGCAGCUGUGCUUGAGCAGCGUUUGCGUGGAAGAGGCACUGAGACGGAGGAGAGGAUUCAGAAGCGACUGACAGGAUCUUUAAGAGAGCUGUCCAUCUAUGAAAGAAAUCCAGAUGCGUGGGAUUUGACUUUGAAGUGGUACAAUGAGCAGGUAGAAGAUGCAUAUCAGGAAUUUCGAACCUUCCUCUAUGACCAAAUUCCCAAGCAACCUGCUGGUCAAAUCGCCACUGUCAGACGCCCUCCUUCCUUCAAGGGUGGUGCUUGCGUAAUCACUGGCCCCAGUGGAGUCGGCAAGUCCACAUUGAUCAAGAAACUUAUGGCGGAAUUUCCAGAUGACUUUGGUUUUUCUGUUUCACACACCACCAGGGAUCCUCGUCCUGGAGAGCAAGAUGGGGUUGACUAUCACUUUGUGUCUCGUGAACGGAUGCAGAGCGACAUUGAUGCUGGGCUUUUUGUGGAACAUGCGGAAGUCCACGGAAACCUCUAUGGAACCUCUAUUGCAGCAGUGCAGGAAGUCACGAAGAAAGGCAGAGUGUGUCUGCUGGACAUUGACGUCCAAGGUGCAGAAUCAGUGAAAAAGUCCACAUUGUCAAAGACCUGUUCCUUUGUGUUCUUUGCCCCGCCCACUGCAGCUGUGCUUGAGCAGCGUUUGCGUGGAAGAGGCACUGAGACGGAGGAGAGGAUUCAGAAGCGACUGACAGGAUCUUUAAGAGAGCUGUCCAUCUAUGAAGGAAAUCCAGAUGCGUGGGAUUUGACUUUGAAGUGGUACAAUGAGCAGGUAGAAGAUGCAUAUCAGGAAUUUCGAACCUUCCUCUAUGACCAAAUUCCCAAGCAACCUGCUGGUCAAAUCGCCACUGUCAGACGCCCUCCUUCCUUCAAGGGUGGUGCUUGCGUAAUCACUGGCCCCAGUGGAGUCGGCAAGUCCACAUUGAUCAAGAAGCUUAUGGCGGAAUUUCCAGAUGACUUUGGUUUUUCUGUUUCACACACCACCAGGGAUCCUCGUCCUGGAGAGCAAGAUGGGGUUGACUAUCACUUUGUGUCUCGUGAACGGAUGCAGAGCGACAUUGAUGCUGGGCUUUUUGUGGAACAUGCGGAAGUCCACGGAAACCUCUAUGGAACCUCUAUUGCAGCAGUGCAGGAAGUCACGAAGAAAGGCAGAGUGUGUCUGCUGGACAUUGACGUCCAGGGUGCAGAAUCAGUGAGAAAGUCCUCAUUGUCAAAGACUUGUUCCUUUGUGUUCUUUGCCCCACCCACUGCAGCUGUGCUUGAGCAGCGUUUGCGUGGAAGAGGCACUGAGACAGAGGAGAGGAUUCAGAAGCGACUGACAGGAUCUUUAAGAGAGCUGUCCAUCUAUGAAGGAAAUCCAGAUGGGUGGGAUUUGACUUUGAAGUGGUACAAUGAGCAGGUAGAAGAUGCAUAUCAGGAAUUUCGAACCUUCCUCUAUGAUCAAAUUCCCAAGCAACCUGCUGGUCAAAUCGCCACUGUCAGACGCCCUCCUUCCUUCAAGGGUGGUGCUUGCGUAAUCACUGGCCCCAGUGGAGUCGGCAAGUCCACAUUGAUCAAGAAACUUAUGGCGGAAUUUCCAGAUGACUUUGGUUUUUCUGUUUCACACACCACCAGGGAUCCUCGUCCUGGAGAGCAAGAUGGGGUUGACUAUCACUUUGUGUCUCGUGAACGGAUGCAGAGCGACAUUGAUGCUGGGCUUUUUGUGGAACAUGCGGAAGUCCACGGAAACCUCUAUGGAACCUCUAUUGCAGCAGUGCAGGAAGUCACGAAGAAAGGCAGAGUAUGUCUGCUGGACAUUGACGUCCAAGGUGCAGAAUCAGUGAAAAAGUCCUCAUUGUCAAAGACCUGUUCCUUUGUGUUCUUUGCCCCGCCCACUGCAGCUGUGCUUGAGCAGCGUUUGCGUGGAAGAGGCACUGAGACGGAGGAGAGGAUUCAGAAGCGACUGACAGGAUCUUUAAGAGAGCUGUCCAUCUAUGAAGGAAAUCCAGAUGCGUGGGAUUUGACUUUGAAGUGGUACAAUGAGCAGGUAGAAGAUGCAUAUCAGGAAUUUCGAACCUUCCUCUAUGACCAAAUUCCCAAGCAACCUGCUGGUCAAAUCGCCACUGUCAGACGCCCUCCUUCCUUCAAGGGUGGUGCUUGCGUAAUCACUGGCCCCAGUGGAGUCGGCAAGUCCACAUUGAUCAAGAAGCUUAUGGCGGAAUUUCCAGAUGACUUUGGUUUUUCUGUUUCACACACCACCAGGGAUCCUCGUCCUGGAGAGCAAGAUGGGGUUGACUAUCACUUUGUGUCUCGUGAACGGAUGCAGAGCGACAUUGAUGCUGGGCUUUUUGUGGAACAUGCGGAAGUCCACGGAAACCUCUAUGGAACCUCUAUUGCAGCAGUGCAGGAAGUCACGAAGAAAGGCAGAGUGUGUCUGCUGGACAUUGACGUCCAGGGUGCAGAAUCAGUGAGAAAGUCCUCAUUGUCAAAGACUUGUUCCUUUGUGUUCUUUGCCCCACCCACUGCAGCUGUGCUUGAGCAGCGUUUGCGUGGAAGAGGCACUGAGACAGAGGAGAGGAUUCAGAAGCGACUGACAGGAUCUUUAAGAGAGCUGUCCAUCUAUGAAGGAAAUCCAGAUGCGUGGGAUUUGACUUUGAAGUGGUACAAUGAGCAGGUAGAAGAUGCAUAUCAGCAAUUUCGAACCUUCCUCUACGAGCAAAUGAAGUAGUUGGGAGAGUUUGCUUCGGUAUUUUAGGGGUGUGUCACUGUGUGGGCAUGCCAGAAACGAAGCCUUGAUGGCGAUUAGUUUCACUCUGUUUCAAACAAAGUGAAGCUAGGAAUGACUCGCAGGUGGCCGGUGAAAA